AUGCAAGAGAGAAGAGCUGCCCAUAUGGCUCAUUCCCACUAUACGACUCAUCCUUCCUCACAGGGGAAUCCUCCUCCAGGUAUGAUGCAAGGACCUCCACCACAAUUGUCCCAUGGUCCUCCACCUCCACCAGGUGGAUCUGCUCAUGGCCCACCGCCUCCUAUGAUCAAUCCACCUUCAGUGGUUCAUGGUCAUGGCCCUCCACCACCUGCUAUACUUGGGCCCACCGUUGUGAUGGACAUGAUGGAACAAAUCAAGAGUAGUUACGUAGCGAUGGAACAAGAAUACAACGUAUGCAAGAUGCACCGGGAUGAAUUGGAGAGAAAGUUGGAUGCUCAAAUAUCUGAAUUUCAAUUAAUGCACUCUGCCAUUGUUGAAUUGGAGAAUGCUUUUACUCACGCAAAACAACACUACGAAGAUCGAAUUCAACAAAUGCAAUCCACCAUUGAACAACUCAGACAACAGCUCUCACAACAAAUGACAGGACAAGAGGGUGGUAUUCCUCCAUCGAUGCCUCCCAUGUCGUCAUUACAUCAACAACCACCUCCAAUGGUUCCUGGAAUGGGUUCAAACAGAGGUGAUAUGCUUUCUGGGCCAGGUACUAAUGCACCUUCUCUUCCUCCACCAUCGUCUCUUGGAAGUACUUCUAAUCCUCCACAAUUGCCUCCACUUCACAGCAAUCCAAUGUCUAAUCAGCUACCAAAUGCACAUAAUGGAUCACCAUCACAACCAUCACUUCCUCCAAUGGCUGCCAAUAAUCCUCCACAAAUGUUGGGACAACAGCCUCCACCACCAAUAGGGCUCGGAGGGGUACCACCUCCACAGUUGCCACCUUAUGACGGCAAACAAUCGGUAGGCUCUCGUGAAAGAACAAGUCCCUUUCCACCAAGCAACGGACCACCAUCGCUAGGUAAUCCUCAUUCAUCGACACCAACUGGAAUGAUUCCUUCUUCUGAUUUGAUGAAUUUGCAUAAUGCACCAUCACAACAACCAGGGAAUGGAUCAUCUCUUCCACCCAUGUCAAAGAAUGGAAUGAACAUUCAAGGUCCACCAAAUUCUUCUCAACCUAACACAAACCAAGCUCAAACAAAUGGAAUUCCAAAUGAUGCAAGGCAAAUACCUGUAAUUACAUCAUCUCCACAACAACCACAACAAACUACUGUUAAUUUAUUUGAUACAAGAAAUGAGAAUGUUGUAAAGAAAGAAGGAAAUGAUUGGGUCGUAGUAUUUAAUCCUCAAGUAGCAGCAACAACAAAUUUGAACAUGAGCUUGUAUCACAAUUUGGAUCAAGAAAGUGUUGUUUGUUGCGUCAAAUUUAGUUCCUGCGGAAGAUAUUUGGCCACCGGAAGUAACAAACAGGCUAUCGUAUUUGAUGUCGAUUCAGGAAAGAAGUUUGGAACCUUCUCAACACUCGGACCAAUCACAAACCCAACCAGACAUUCCGAAGAGGACGAAAAUGAUGAAGGUAAAAAAUCAAGUUCAAAUCCAGAAGAGUCUGAUCAAGCCAAUAAUAUGGAUGGAACUGGAAAGGACGACUCAUACAUUAGAAGUGUUUGUUUCUCGCCUGACAACAAGUAUCUAGUUGCUGGAGCUGACAAAACUGUAAAGAUUUGGGAUGUAGACACAAAACAAAUUUAUAGAUCUCUUGAGGGCCACGAAUUGGAUAUUUAUUCACUUGAUUUUUCACCUGACAGCAAACUUUUGGUUUCUGGAAGUGGUGAUGGAAAGGCAAAGAUUUGGGAUAUGGAAACUGGUGAAUGUAGACACACUUGUGGAAAUGAGGAGAUUGGUCCACGAGAGGGAGUCACCAGUGUUGCCAUUUCUCCUGAUGGUAGAACAGUUGCCACAGGAUCAUUGGAUUGUGUUGUUCGUUUGUGGGAUAUGACCACUGGUGAAUUGUUAGAGUCCUUGAAUGGUCAUGAUGACUCUGUGUACAGCGUUGCAUUCGCUCCUGAUGGUAAAAGUCUUGCAUCUGGUUCAUUGGAUAGAACCCUCAAGAUUUGGGACGUGAAAUCAGCUCAGUGCACUGCCUCGUUAUCAGGACACAGAGAUUUUGUUUUGAGCGUUGCCUAUUCACCAGAUGGUAGAUGGUUGGUGAGUGGUUCUAAGGAUAGAAGUGUUCAAUUCUGGGAUCCAAGAAGCAACAUUUUACAUUUGAUGUUGCAAGGACACAAGAAUUCUGUCAUUAGCGUUUCUUUGAAUCCUAAGCGACCUCUUUUUGCUACAGGUAGUGGAGAUUAUCGUGCAAGAGUUUGGAAGUAUCAAGACUAG